AUGGCCACCCAGCUCGCCCUCGACCUCAGACUCCGUACCCUCGAAGCCCAGCUAUUCGGCACUCCCCCCUCCUCCCUUGCCGCCCCAAAACGCGCACCGCAGGACGGGGCGGCGACGCGUAGAGUCAGAGAGAUCCACGAGAGACUCCAGAGGCUCGGGGAAAGAAGCGAAGGCGUCAAACGUCUGCUCGAUGGCUACGAACAGUACUUGCCCCUCCUAACUAUCCCUCACCCGUCGACAUCCACCAUGACCGACCAAGCGUCGGACGAGUCACAGCCUAUACAAGAAUCCGAUCUAUUACCAGACAGUGUCAAACUCGCGAUGGUGCUUGCAGCAGCAGAGGAUAUAGUCGGGGCCGAGAGGGAUUUGAGAGAAUUGGAGGUUUUGAAGGGGAAAGGCGCUGAAGGCAGUGGACAGCUUGAAGAUCUUAUACCGCAAAGGCCCGACUUGAUUCGCGCGAUGCAAGAAUCAGAGAAUGAAGGCGAAGCGCUUGCCGAAGCUAGGAGUCAAGUAGGCGGUCUCCUCGUGCGGUAUACCGACUUUACGUCGACGGUAUCAGAACUCUUCAUCGACCUGCACCACAAGAUGGAAAAUCUGGAGGAAGGCGUAGCAAGAGUCGAGAGGAAGCGCAGAAAAGAGCUCGCAGAGAGGUAUUGA